AUGCCAGCAACAACGGAAGUGAACCGCGCUGUAACCGAGGACGUUGGCGAAGAUGACGAUUUUAAUCCAACUGCUCAUGCCAACCUCAUCGAUAACAUCAACAGCACCACCGGCUCGCACUUCAUACGCGGUGUAACACGCACCGAACCGAGCCUCACCCGUUCGGAGUUUAAUUUGGCCAAAAACAAGGAGGGUAACGUGCGUUUGGCCGAUUUGAAGAAGCUAAUCUCCAAGAAAAACAAGCAGCCGGAUUUGUUGAAGCAGCUGAAUAAGCUAAAAAGCGCAAAGACGUUGGAUAAACCGCUUGAAAAACCGGUCGCCGAUAAGCUCGAACGGCAAGCGGGAUUCUUCCGGGUGAAGCAGGAGCUAGCGGAAUGGGAACCGGUCGUGACGGUGACAGAUUUUGCACCGCAAACCGUUUUCCCGCUCCAGUAUGGCAGCCUGAGCGUGCACAACGAGCCACCGAAGAAGGUGUCCGAGUAUCGGGUCAAAACAAAGCUGAUGGAAGCGAUGGAAGAGCUGGAUCGCAAGUAUGCCGGCACCGAGGCGGAAAAUGGCGAUUCGGGCGCCGAAGAAGAAAGUCCCAAUUAUCAGCUGACGUUGGAGGAAAUGCGACAGAAGCAGCGGGAACGGGCGCAGCAGAAACUCCGCGAAUCGUACCGUAUCGCUAGGGGGCGGCGCAUGAAUAAGAUCAAGAGCAAAAAGUACCAUCGGCUGCUGAAGAAAGACAAACUCCGCAUGGAGAUGAAAAAGUUUGAAGAACUUCGCGAGAAAGAUCCGGAGGAAGCGCUUCGGCAGCUUGAUCGGAUUGAGAAGCAGCGAUUCCAGGAGCGGGCCACGUUGCGCCACAAAAACACUGGCACUUGGGCGAAGAACUUGCAGGUGCGUGCAAAAUACAAUAUGGACGUGCGACGAGAGUUGGCUGAUCAGCUGGCAAUCGGCCGUGAGUUGACGGCCAAACGGAUGCAACGGGAUGAGAGCAGCUCAGAGUCAGAUGUGGAGUUGGAAGUGGUGGAACAGGAGCAGAACUCAGGUAGUGCCAACCCGUGGACGCCAGUCAGAGGCGAACAUGAAAAGGCGGCUAAUCAGCAGACGCACACCAGUGGCUACCGUAAGUACUGGGAGCAACGCAAUCGUGUUCAAGCCAUCAAGACCAGCAUGGCAGCGGGCGAAGAAGAGAAACGAUCUUCACAGGAAAAAGAAGUCGAUGGAGACAGUGGCGAGGACGACGCUGAAAUCAAACAGUUUAAGAAAAAGCUCGUAAAAAGCCGUGGAAAGAAGAAGAAACUAGCAACCGGAGGUUGGAUGGUAUCGUCAACUAAAGAAGAAGACUCCGUUUCCGAAGAGCAGGAUCCGGACGAUCCAAAAGUUGUUCCGAAAACGAAAAAAAAAUCGAACAAUGUUGUCGCCAGCGUAGAGACUCUUUUCGAUGAAGCGGAGGAGCUGAUAAAAGAUGCACUCGAAGGCAAGCUGCAACGUAUCAAGGGCGUAAACUCCUCGCAACAAGCAAAAGAUACUUCGAAGAAAAAGAAAGUUAAAAAAGACCCGAAUCGGAACAAGAUGGGCGAAGACACUGGAUUGAGUUUCAAGAAAAAACCACGCUUGGCCGAUGCAGACAUUGAACUGCACGAGACGACCGACAUGACAGCAAAGGAAUCAAAAACCACAUCGCCCACUAACGUCACCGGAGGACAAACGGUUUCGGGUGCGCCCACACCAUCUGCCGACAUUAACCUGAAGCAAGUGGUUCAGAUGAAACCGAAACAUCUGCUGACGGCCCUUCCGGACGCGGUAGCCACCGGUGAACUGUCCGACGGUGACGAUGAUCCCGAUGACGAGGCGGUUGGACAUCAGCGCCUAACGAUUGCCGAAGCGUUCGAAGACGACGACAUUGUGGCGGACUUCGUGAAGGAGAAGCAGGACGAGCGAGACAAAAAUAUUCCCCAGGAAGUGAACCUAUCGAUGCCGGGUUGGGGUGAAUGGGCCGGACCGGGUGUCAAACCGAGCCGGAAACCACGGAAGGUGCGCAAAAUUUUCAAACCCCCGGCGGAGUUGCCGCGCCGUGACGACAACAAGGAUCAGGUCAUCAUCAACGAGGACGCGCUCGUGAACGACAAGCUGAAGAAGCAUCUGAUCAAUGAUCUUCCGUUCCCGUACGUGACGGUGAAGGAUUUCGAGGCGUCUCUGAGGGCCCCCAUCGGUCGCUCGUUCAUUCCGGAGUCGGCGCACGUGGCCAUGAUCGAACCGCGUGUUGUCACCCGGCAGGGUGCGAUCAUUGAGCCAAUGAAAAAGGACCUACUUCUGAGCGAUCCGAAAAGGUUGAUGCGUGUCCGGGGAAAGCAAGCGAAUGGGGCUACCGAGCAGUACGGUGAGUUUAUUAAAACGUUCAAUGCAGAGGAAGACCGCAGAAAGGCCCAACGGUGGGCAGAGAAACGUAGCAAGUGAUCAAUCCAUUGUGGAAACAUUGUAAAAUAAGGAAAAUAAAUGCG